AGCACUUUAUGACCGGCUUGCGGAAGUGGAACAGGAUUUGAGCUUUAAGAAAGACGACAUCUUGUACGUUGACGACACUCUGCCGCAGGGGAACUUCGGUUGUUGGAUGGCGUGGCAGCUGGACGAGAACGCCCAGAAGUUGGAAAGAGGACAGAUCCCCAGCAAAUACAUGAUGGAGCAGGAGUUCUACAGGAGACACAGCAUGUCCGAGGCGAAGGACGAGAAUAGCUCCACAAAGACAUCGUCAGCCGCAGCUCGGAGGUCGUUCUUUAGGAGGAAGCAUAAACACAAGCGCAGCGGGUCCAAAGAUGGAAAGGAUUUGCAGGCCCUCGAUACCAUCAGCACGGACUCCAUUCCUUUCUUGGACGAUGCGGUCAGCUUGGCUUAUCAGAGAGUCCAGAAAGUGGACUGCACGUCUCCAAGGCCUGUGCUUAUCCUGGGGCCACUGCUCGACGCUGUGAAGGACAUGCUAGUAAAGGAGUCUCCAGGAAAAUUUUGCAGAUGUCCCCUUGAGGUGAUGAAAGCUUCCCAGCAAGCCAUUGAGCGGGGCGUGAAGGACUGCCUGUUCAUCGACUACAAGCGUAGGAGCGGGCACUUCGACGUGACAACGGUGGCCUCCAUAAAAGAAAUUACCGAAAAGGACUGUCACUGUCUCUUGGAUAUUGCUCCUCACGCCAUAGAGCGGCUCCACAGCAUUCACAUCUACCCGAUCGUCGUCUUCAUUCGCUACAAGAACACCAAGCAAAUCAAGGAGCAAAAAGACCCCAUCUUCCUGCGGGACAAAGUGACCCAGAAACAUUCCAAAGAACAGUUUGAGACUGCUCAAAAAAUAGAACAGGAGUAUAGCAAGUACUUUACAGGCGUUGUCCAAGGCGGUCCUCUUUCAACCAUUUGCACUCAGAUUAUGACGACUGUGGAUCAAGAGCAAAACAAGGUCCUGUGGAUUCCAGCCGGCCCUUUGUAGAAACCUGCUCUGCACCAGACUCUAAAUAAACAUUGAAGGGUGGGGUGGUCCAUUUAUAACUGCUUGUAUGGUGGGCACAGAUUAUAGACAUUAUGUGGACGGUGAACUUGGAAGGCGAUCAUUCUUAUGUCAGCAGAAUUCUCAGAAGUGUGCUUCUAUAUGAAUGGACGAAAACAGAAUUCCUUUGUUUCCCAUAAAAAGACUUUGCAAGGUUACAAAAAAAGUGAAAGAAACCCUUUAAGAUACGUUUACAAAAUCUUUUCCCCCCAAGUACUUGGAGGUUCAUGUUUACUUGAAUUUUUUAACAAUCGGUUCGAAGUUUUUUUUGGUUUUGUUUCUGUUUUGUUUUUGUUUUGUUCUCCGCUUCUGAUAUGGGAAGCAAAUGCUAGGGUAGAGUUUUCUUCAUGCUGAGUGAAGCUGACCUUUACACGGUGUGAUUCUGUCGUUCGGCGAUGAACUUUCUCGCGUCAGAAUAACCGCACGAAUUGUGAACGAGUUUUUGCAUAGGUACGUGUUUUCGGGAGUGAAUAUAGGAGGACUCCAAACACAUGGGUCAGGCCACUGUUCAUAUUUCACAAGCUGUUUGUCCGUCAAAAGUUCUUGGGCUUUCUUUUAUGCAUGGAUCUGCUACAUAAUGUCAUGACGUAUCUGAUCAUACUGUGCUGGUUGUGUAAUCAGGAAUCGUAAUUUUUGAGUUGUCAGGCCUGUGUUUAAGAAGCAGAUCGGGAGUGUUAAUAACCAGCCCCGGACUGCGUUAUUUUACGGCUUGGUGUAGGUAUAGCCUGCUUAGUUGGAAGCUUACAUCGCUCAUACUUCGGUGUGUAGUAGUCAUAGGGAUUUUAAUUUAAUUAGAAGCACGGUCUUCGGUUUUUAGGGAUCUAGUGUGGUCCUAUAACUGUUAGUUUUUGCCACUGUCAACAAAUAUCGUGUAUGUUUUUUAAAAAAAAUUGUUACAAUACUUAUUUCCUGACUGUACCAAAUUCCAUUGUAUGUGUCUCUUUGCACUUCUAACCUUGUUUUUCCAGCAGUGUGCAUUUAUUUUUCCUUUGUUAAAAAAAAAAAGAUUGCAUGUCAACGUUUUGUAGGUACUGUAACUUUAUUGUCGGUGUUCAAGUUAUCUUUUGCAUUGUGAUAACCUGUUCCUAACAUUUCAUAAUGUAGAAAGAUCCCCCCCCCUUUUGGGUUUUUACCCUUCAGUUUUUUUAGUUUUUUGCUUCUUUUUUUUUUGGCGUUAAUUUAAAAAAAAAAGGGAUUCUUCUUGCACAGUUGUUCAAAGACAAAAAUUGGUUGGAAAUUUUAACCUGUUUUGCAGAUACUGUUUUAUAGUUCAAAACACAGGACAGAGGAAAAGGAGAGGGGAAAAAAUUUAGAAAGCCUAUUGAUAAAUUCUUAGUUGAAGUACUGUUUAUAAGUCGAGGGACAGCAGUUAUAUAUUUUUUUAAAGAAAGAGGCGAGAGUUGGGCUUCAGCGGUCCACUUGAAACAGACCAGCAC